AUGUUUAUUACAAGGCCCGUGGUUUCGCGACUGCUGCAACAAACAGUCCGCCGCUACCAUGGAGGCGAAUUCAAGCCUCCUACCAUGGAUGAGCUUCCAGUUCCCAAGGGCUCAUGGCAGGCACGCUAUGAUGCAAACCAGCGCCGCUACAACUCUGCGCUGUUAUUCGGAUUGGCCUUCACAACGGUCUCAAUAAUUGUGGCCAAGACAUCUGGUUUGGUGUACUUUAACUAUGGUCCCCCCAAGUCUCUGGAU